GCCAGUCUCCCGUCCAUCGCUGUGUUUUUAAAAGCCACUAGAUCUCGAUGGGUGCCAUCGGCUGCCGCUGUACCGAUGACGUGGAUACCACCUGCGCCGAAGCCACGGCCGAAAACGACGUGGUGCCGAUCAUGAGUGUGGCCGAUCCAUUGGCCAUCGGCAAGCCGAGCGCGGAGGCUGGGGCACCUGCUGCCCCGGCUGCAAAGGAGAAGCACAACCCUAACCGCCUGGCGGAUUCGCAAAAGAAACUCCAGACCUGCGCGCGCGCAUUGCGCAACCGCAUGGCGAAGGAGCAAUCCGAUGUGUGGAAGAAGACCGAGGCGGAGUUCAACGUCCAGAAGAUGAUUUGGCAAAGUUUGAGUUUGCAGCGUGGGGAGAAGCACAAGGGCAAUGCAGCAAUGAUCCAAUCGAAAUUAGAGUUCGCCUUCGCCACGCACGCCACGGAUCUCGCAAAGGCCAUUGAAGCCUUGGACAUGUGUUUAAAGAUCAACGAGGGCCAUGACCUUUUGGGAGUGGCGAUGGUUGAAGCAAUGGAGUCCAUCAAAACCGCAGCCAUCCAUGCAGAUGCACGGGCAGAACUGGCGAAUUUGCUUGAAAAAGCUGCAGAAGAACUGGCAGUAGGACAUGUUUCAAAGCACGGCAGCAAUGAACUCGUUCAACUCUUGGGUGAUUGUGGCAUCCAGGAGCCCAAAUUGGAAACGGCGAUUAAAUCGGCCUGGACUUUCGCUUAUGGCGAAUAGACACAGCAUCCUGAUCCGUUUCCUUGUUGGGAAAUUAGAUGAAAUUAAAUGCGUUUCACCCGUCAAGUCGCUCAAGUGUCGCGUUCGCACGCGGAAAACUUGGGGAGUGCGGCGGUAAGUUUCAGCCAGGUAUACCACCAGUGUUGCUGUCGCCAUCACCGGUGAAGAUAUGACAUUUAUUGAAGUUUGGGGGUGGUCUUU